AUGGUGACUAAGGAGCAGUUUGACGUCUUCGUCUACAACAAUUCCUCACGCGAGGAUGACAAGACUGAGCUGUUCAAGUCCUUAGUGCCUCCCAACCAGUGGAAGAAGGUGACUGGCAUGGGUGCCCAUGAGGUGGCCGAGAUCAUCCGGGACGAUCAGAUUGACAUCCUAAUCGAGCUGGCAGGACAUACAGCCAACAACCGCUUGGACGUGAUCGCACUGAAGCCAGCACCCGUCCAGAUGACCUACAUUGGCUACAACAACACUACGGGGUUGGGCACAAUUGACUACCGGCUGGUCGAUGAGAUUGUCGAUCCGCUCGACAGCCAGCAGCCCUUUAGCGAGGAGUUGGUGCGCGUCCCAGGGUGCUUUCUCUGCUACACUCCGCCAUCCCGCGUCCCGGAUGUGGAGGACCUGCCAGCUUUGCGGAACGGCUUCGUAACAUUUGGAAGCUUCAGUUGCCUCGCGAAGGUGGGCGACCCUGUUGUCGCACUCUGGGCACGCUGCCUGCAGGAGGUUCCAAACAGCAGGCUGCUGGUGAAGAACAAGGGCUUCUAUUCCCAAGACAUUCAGGCCACCUUCAUUAACAAGUUUAAAGCCUACGGCAUCCAGGAGCACAGGCUGAAGCUCCUGGCUCUUGCCCCCACAUCCUAUGAGCAUCUCAACAUCUACAACGAGGUGGACCUUGCUUUGGACACCUUCCCAUACUCCAACACCACCACCACGUGCGAGUCACUCUUCAUGGGCGUCCCGGCAGUGUGCCUGAUUGGCACUACACAUGGCGCAAGGGUCUGCCACACGUUGAUGACAGCGGUUGGCCUGGGCGAAUUCUCUGCAAGCACUCAGGAGGAGUACGUGACCAAGGUGAAAGGCGUAUGCAGCAACCUCCAAACCCUGUCGAUGCUGCGCAAGAACCUUCGCCAGAUAAUGCUCUCUUCGCCACUGUGCGAUGGCCCGGGCUUUGUCCGUGACAAGUACGAGCCAAUUCUACGGGAGAAGUGGGCUGCCUAUUGCAAUGGCCGUGUUCCUUCGCAGCAGGUGUUCUCCAGCUCUGAUUUGCCCGACCCACUGGCGCCUGGGCCCUUCGCGCCACCCUUGGCACCAGGUGCUUCACUGUGUGUGCAGGUUUUUGAAGCUGAGAGGUAUUGGUGUGUGGGAGCGUGGUGGUCCUGA